GUCCCUUGCAAUAUCACGUAAUCACUUCGUUAAUCUACACUACCAUCAGGCUGUCUCUGACGACUCGUACCCACGCCUCGUAGGCUUGUAGUACAGUGCUGCUUGGUAAGUACGGAGUAGGUAGGUAGGUAUGUAUCUGGUAUGUAGAUAGGCAGGUAUAAUACGCACAAUACUGGUUAUCUAGGACUGGCCACGUCUUCGGUAUAUCCGAGAGAUCAACUCCCCCCCUCGGCUUACGUGGAGGUGCGCACAUUGGCCCACGGCUGGUGUUGGUAAAGUUCCGUGCAUGACGAUGUCCAGUUCCCUCUGUUUCGAAUCAGGGGAGUUUGGCUGUCAGCGCCUACGUUACAUUGUGCGACCGCGCCCUCUGCCCGGUUGAGUAGCGCUGGAUGCUGGCACUGCUUCUGCUGCUGCUGCUGCUGCUGCUGCCCUGUCCCAUCUCCACUCCCGCCAUCUUUACUAUGCAGAGCCCUUCCUUUCAGUGCAAUCGAGGCGGGAUGCGCUUGGUCUGCCUGCUGACUGCAAACGAUGUAUCUAGUCGUGCUCCAUGUGUGUGUCUACCUGCCUGCCUGCCUGCCUGCCUGUCUGUCUGCCUGUCUGCCCUCUUGGUUGUUGCGCACAUUCUUCAUCUACCAGCUUUUGACUAUACGUGAUUCUAUUUUCGACCGCUGUCUCUAAUGCCAAAGGAUUCACGCUAUGGAAGAAGCUGCCGCCAUCGGCAAUCUUGACGCUGUGAAGAGUAUGUUGCCAAGCCUGUUACUGAGCCACGACCCAACUGUGCCCCUCCACGAGAGGGCCGCACCAGGUGCCAGUACCAUUCUCGAUCGGUCCAUACGUGCUGCCGCCGCUCAUGGUUGGGCCGACGUCACCCGUUUCUUCAUUGACCAAGGUGCCGUUAUCGACGAUGCCCUUGUCUGCGCUGUUAUAAACUCGGGAUCUAUCGAGCAAUGCCAGAUUCUUCUGAGUCACGGCUGGGAUGUCAAUCGCAGCUACAUUAGUGCUUCUGGUGAUUGGCAUUUUUGGACUCCUUUGCGCGCAGCACUUGGAGACCCGCCGCUUUGCCGUUGGUUGUUAGAGCAUGGUGCGGAUCCAAAUCUUUCGGAGUAUGGGUUUACACCCAUCAUGGUUGCCGUUCGGCUGCAUUCACCAGAAGUCGUUCAGCUUCUCAUAGAGUUUGGUGCGGACCCGAAGACCCCAAUGCUGUUACACUCUACUGCUAGUGCUUCGAGUAGGGCGAUAAGGGAGGCAUACCCUAAUCGUGAGGAUUCAGAUAGGAUAAGAGUUAUGAAGAUACUGCUUGAUCACGGCGCCGACGUGAACGAGAUGGAACCAGAUCCGAAAGCCCGGCCGCGCGAUGAUACGAGACGAAGGCGGACUGUCGACACUGGCACGCCGCUUCACUACGCAGUGGCCGCGGGGAACCCCGUCACCGUAAGCUUCCUUUUAGCACAUGGAGCGAAUACAAAACUCCCGAGUUGGUCCGGGCACACACCUCUCCAGGCUGCCGAGGUGUUGGAGAUGAGGUAUAUUUCACAGAUCUUGAGGUUGUACGGGUGA